UGAAAACCGGGAAAUAACAAGUAGCAAGAGGACGGAAACACAACAGUCAAGAGUAGGCAAUGUGAACUGUAUAGGUAACUUUUAAUAGUUGUUUUAACUGCCUGAAACGAUAGCUAUGUCCUACGCCAAGAGCCGCAUAAAGGUGUUCAGGAAUGACUUCUAUUAAUGCCCCGCAAAGCAACAAAGUCAGACAAGCCUCCCUUGCUAUUCCUGGAGCGGCCUGUGUGUGGAGCCAGACUCCAAAAUGCGCCUGAAGUCCGAGCAGCACUCAACCCCAGAGAGUUUUUCACAGGGACAAAAGCACAAAACACAUCAUCUCUUAAUUCCUGGGUUAGACCAGAGUUCGACAGUUCUGUUACAGCUGCACCUCCGGUGAAACGAAGGAGGAGAAAAUGCCAGUCUGCCAGGAGCAUCAUUGACAGUUGUAGUCCACUGUCCAGGAAAACGAGUGUGUGCAGAUACCCCUCAUUGUCGUUUCAUACAGGGUCAAGAGACCAUCAACCAAAGACUACAAGGACAAAGAAAGCUACAGAGUGUAUUUCUGUGUCUAAUGUGGGGAAUGAACCGCAGCAAUCAUGCCCGAACAAAAGGACAGCUUCACGGCACUCUGACACACCGAAGAGACAGUUGGCCUCAAUCAGGAAAAAGAAAGCUGAGACAUUUUCUGAAGGUGCUGCGUCCCUCAGCAGAUGUUUGGAUCAACCUGAAACACCAUCUAUUCAAGUGUCAGAGAGAUGCAGACUUCCAGCAGGCCGUGCUUCAACACCCACCUCCAAUGAAUUUAGCGCCACUGAUGUCAGCAGUAUCGGUCCACCACCUGACGUGGACACUCCAACAGUAAGACAGGGAGUUAGCAGUUGUCCCUCGUCCCCCUCUGCACAUUUUCUACUGGCUCAGCCGUGCACACUGCCAUGUGAUCGGCCUCCUGAUAUUUUAGUGGCUGAUACUCCAGAGAUGGAUUAUGGGGUGAAGGUGACAUGGAGGAGAAGGAAGAGUUUGAUGUUGUUGUUAAAAGAGAGGGGCCAUCUGUCUGAGUCAGAUGCAGUAAUUCACAGCUGAAGUAGAGAGUCUGGGAGAGUUUUCUUUGACAGUUGUUGAUUCAUUUUUAGUUGAUAGAUUAAUUGACAAGCCAACUGAUAUUAUGAAAUAACCCUUAUACAGCCCCUCUGCACAGACAUGGUAGUUAGCUUCCAGUUAUACUGUAUCUAUUGAGACCUAUUCCUGAUCUCUUCCAACAUGAGCCAGGUUUUUUAGUGUUAUUUUUUUUUUCUACAUUUUAUUUUGAGUAAAUGGCUUAGUCCAUAUGAACUGUAACUGAUAUCACAUGCACCAAAAUUGAGAAACAUGUUCUAAAACCAAGACUGUGCUGCAGGAUCAUAUACAAAUUGCUUUUGGUGAACGUGUCACACAGUUUAAAAACACUGUCUUUCAACUAUGUUGAAUAAAUAUAAGAGUGAAAAAAAA